AUGCUGCAGGAUCUGUCUUUGACCUUGGACUGCUCUGAUACUCGUGUUUUGGCUGAGCAAGAAGGAGAUGACGACUCCAAUGCCGAGUUAGAGUCGCCCAAUGACCCAUCAUUUGACGAGUUUGACCAGAAAAUGCUCAAGGUACCGCUUGAUUACAACCGUUAUCCGCGCAAAGGCCACGUACGUGACGCAUUCAUAAAUUGCGCCGUUGAUGAGAAUCUCGCUCGUUCUAUUUUUGUUGUUAUCUUGUCAGGGAAAAACAAGAGUAUCAGACCUCUCCUAUUAUGCAGAUUAAAGAUCGAUGUCAUCGGAGGAUGCAGUUUCGGAACGAGCGUUAGCGUAAGCAUCCUCUCGGAUGUGAUUGACGAGCUGUCACGCUCGUGGACUGUUGAACGCAGUCUUGUACAAGCUGACGAUAUUUUGCAAAAGCUAGAAGUGCAUGAGGGCACAAAUCAAAUCCAGCAGCGACACUUUGGCUGUAGUGACAGCCUUCAUCCGGAGGUAGAGCAAAUCUUUCGACGAAUAUGGCCGACAAAGGGAAAGAAAGUCUUAAACUGGCGAAAAGAGUGGCAUAGUUUACCACUUGCAAGCAACAUGGAAUUGAAAUGCUUGUUCCAAGCGUUUAUAGUGGAAAACAAAGCUGCUGCGACAAUCACGACCAUCCAAUUUGAUCAUUAG